CAGACAGGGGCUCGUCCGAGCUGAGUGUCGCCGAAGAAAGUGGCGGAUCGAGGAAGCGAGUCAGGGCGUCGAGAAGAGACGGACUUUUUUUUGGUUAAAUUAUUAUUCUUUAGCAAAAAACGUAAACCUUCUCAGUUCAGAACUGUUUAGGAGAUCUUGAUACGGGCAACUGAAUCGCUUCGUCGCUGUCAGCAAUUUUUUUUCCAUCUCGCCCUCUUUUGUGUGCUGCUAAGCUAGCUUUGCCGAGCUAGCUGCGGCUGAAAUCGUGCCUGCGCCCUAUCGUUUUACGGGAAGGAAGGAACAUUCCGUUCUCGGGCCCCUUCUCAUGCAAGUCAGGGAUGUUUUCUCCGGGCUACCGUAGAAGGCCGUAGACAGAUGGGAAAAGUGUGCCAGGAGCACCAUAAAGGUGCAGCCCAUUGCAGAACUUUCAAAACAACCCACUCUCUGAAGAACUGAGGUGAACAUGAGCUACCAAAAAUCUCUAUAAAGAACCAUCGGGAGGACUUUGAGUAUCAACAGACAACAGCAAAAGAAAAUUUGCAUGUGGAGUUUUGUGCGUGUGAACCCAAGUGUCUCAGAUCGUGUCUGUGAAACAAGGGUACUAUAAUAACAGGUUGUAAGGUUUUAUAGUUGUGGUACCUCGGGAAUAUUGAUCGCCGACAGAAAAGUUAACAAGAUGAAUGCAGAGGGGUACCAGUACAGAGCGCUCUACGACUACAAGAAGGAGAGGGAAGAGGACAUCGACUUGCACGUGGGGGACAUACUGAUCGUGAGCAAGGGGGCACUGCUGGCCCUCGGGUACAGCGACGGGUUCGAGGAGCGCCCGGAGGACAUCGGCUGGCUGCCGGGCUUCAACGAGACCACGCAGGAGAAGGGCGACUUCCCCGGGACCUACGUCGAGUUCAUCGGGAAGAAGAAGAUAUCGCCUCCGACGCCGAAACCAAGACCCCCGAGACCCCUCCCUGUGGCGCCGGGCUUGACCAAGGCCGACUCAGACGCAGAGCAAGGCACCACCCUGCCAGACCUGACAGAGCAGUUUGCCCCCCCAGAGCCGGCCCCGCCCAUGCUGCUGAAGCUGCUGGAGGCCAUCGAGAGGAAAGGUUUGGAGAGCCCCACACUUUACAGGACUUUCACAGCUGGAGGCGGACUGGAAGUCAGACAGUGCUUUGAUAGCGACUGCCCGCCCCUGGACCUGGAGCAGGUGGAGCUGCAGGCCCUGUGCGACGGGCUCCGGAGAUACCUGCAGGACCUGCCACACCCGGUCAUCCCCACCUCCGUCUGCGCCGAGAUGGUGCGCGUCGCCCAAGAGGUGCAGAACCCCGAGGAGUGCGCCCAGCUCCUCCGCGGCAUCGCCGGCUCGGCCAGCCUGCCGCCCCAGUACUGGCUCACCCUCCACUGCCUCGUCAAGCACUUCUGCCGGGUGUGCCAGAGCACGGGCAAGAACCUGCUGAGCGCCCGCACCCUGGGGGAGAUCUUCAGCCCUCUGCUUUUCAGGCACCAGUCUGCAGGAUGUGAGCCCAGCCCAGAUUACCACAUCAAGAUCAUAGACAUCUUGAUCAGCAGUGAAUGGAAUGAGAGCCAGGCCACCCCAGCACUGCCUCCUAAACCGCCGAAACCCACCCCUGUCACGAACAACGGUAUGAACAACAACAUGGCUCUGCAGGACGCUGAAUGGUACUGGGGAGACAUCUCAAGGGAGGAGGUGAACGAAAAGCUGAGAGACACAGCUGAUGGUACGUUUCUGGUCCGUGAUGCCUCCACGAAAAUGCACGGAGACUACACGCUAACUCUGAGGAAAGGGGGCAACAACAAACUCAUCAAAAUCUUCCAUCGAGACGGGAAGUACGGUUUCUCCGACCCGCUGACUUUCAACUCUGUGGUGGAGCUCAUCAAUCACUACAGGCACGAGUCCCUGGCUCAAUACAACCCCAAACUAGAUGUGAAGCUGCAGUACCCAGUGUCAAAGCACCAGCAGGAUCAGGUUGUCAAAGAAGACAACAUUGAGGCGGUUGGUAAGAAGCUCCAUGAGUACCACCUGCAGUACCAGGAGAAGAACAAGGAGUACGACAGGCUGUACGAGGAGUACACAAGGACAUCACAGGAGAUUCAAAUGAAGAGGACGGCUAUCGAAGCCUUCAACGAAACCAUUAAAAUCUUCGAAGAGCAGUGCCAAACGCAAGAGCGAUACAGCAAGGAGUACAUCGAGAAGUUCCGUAGGGAAGGAAACGAGAAAGAGAUCCAGAGGAUCAUGGUAAACUAUGAGAAGUUGAAGUCGCGCAUUAGUGAGAUUGUAGACAGCAAGCGACGCCUGGAGGAAGACCUGAAGAAGCAGGCGGCCGACUACAGGGAGAUCGACAAGAGGAUGAACAGCAUCAAACCAGACCUCAUCCAGCUCCGCAAGACCAGAGACCAAUAUCUCCUGUGGUUGACCCAGAAAGGAGUCAGGCAGAAGAAGCUGAACGAGUGGCUUGGCAUCAAGAACGAGAACACAGAGGAUCAGUACUCGAUGGUGGAGGACGACGAGGACCUCCCGCACCACGACGAGCGCUCCUGGAAGCUGGGCAACAUCAACCGGAUCCAGGCCGAGGCCCUGCUCCGGGGGAAGAGGGACGGAACAUUCCUGGUGCGGGACAGCAGCAAGCCGGGCUGCUACGCCUGCAGCGUCGUUGUGGGCAGCGAGGUGAAGCAUUGCGUCAUCAACAAGACGCCCACGGGGUACGGAUUUGCGGAGCCCUACAACCUGUAUAGCUCCCUGAAAGAACUGGUCCUGCACUACCAGCACACAUCACUUGUACAGCACAAUGACUCUUUGAAUGUCACGCUAGCAUACCCAGUGUACGCGCACCAGAGGCGAUGAGAACCCGAGCAAACCGAACCUGGGACUCGAGACCGGAGACUGAGAGGGCCUCAUGGGAAGUGGGAACGCCUUGUUUGGCCUCAAGGAGACAUAAGGCUGCGAUCCGUGCUUUCAGAGACUUGCCGGAGAACUGAAAAGGAGAGAGAACAAUUUCGCAGCAGACUCUGGGCAGUGAUGAGCAGUGAAUGUAGUUUUCUCGCUUGUGCUUUGACAAGAAAAGCACAAAAUCAAAUGGGAAACUGCUGAACUAUCUCCCAAGCGGAGGACAAAGAGGCCUUUUCUUAAUGGUGCUUGUUCUUUUCAAAGCUUUACCAGCUGGAAUGUCAAACGCUGAUCAAACGCAUUUUUUGUACAGGUUGUUUUACUUCCCUCUCCCAUCCUUGUUUUUAUUUCUCUGUCCUUUUUGUGUGUGUGUGUGUGUGUGUAUGUCUGUGUAU